GGGAGAGGAAGAUGCAUGCAUUUUGGGGCGGCUGCCAGCAGGUGGACUCUGAAAGCCCUUAUAGAAGCAGUGCUUCCUGCGGAGGCAGCCAGAAGAUACCAGCCUGUGGAGGUGCCUUCCUCCCCACCACCCCUCACUGCACACCCCAGCACGACCCACCAGAGCAAGAUGAAAUGGAAGAGGAUUGCUGUCUUUGUCACCUUGCAGGCGUGGCUCCCACUUACAGAUGCUGUAGCAGUUCUUGGACUGACGGACCCCCGACUCUGCUACUUGCUUGAUGGAUUCCUCUUCAUUUACGCAGUCAUCAUCACGGCCCUUUUUGUGAAAGCUAAGCUUAGCCAGGCCUCUGAACCACAGCUGCUGCCGGGCCAGGACGAUGUGUACAAUAAACUGUCCCGUGGGCACAGAGAUGAAUACGAUGUGCUGGGCACCACGCGUGGCGCAGACCUUGAGAAGGGCGGGAGACAUGAGCAGAGAAGAAGGAACCCCCACGAAACCGUCUACUCCUCCCUGCAGAAGGACAAGAUGGGCGAGGCGUACAGUGAGAUUGGGAAGAAGGGAGAGCAGCAGCGGCGGCGAGGAAAAGGGAAUGAUGCUGUUUACCAGGGGCUCAGUGCAGCGACCAAGGACACGUACGACGCUCUCCAAAUGCAGCCCCUGCCCCCCCGCUAAGUGGGACUCGCAGGGACGGGCAGCAGUGAGGGAUGCCCACAUGCUUGGGGGGAGGGAGAGGGGGGAAAGCUUUUUUCAUCCCAAACAAAACAAAGAGCACUGCGUUUUUUCUCAGUGCAACAGUCUCCUUUGGUUGGUGCAGGGAGGGUUCCUUCUCUCCUCCUCUGGAAUCGUGUACCAGCAAGCUUUAGCUCCUGAAGUGUACAUAGCUGUAAAGUUAUUAUUUCCCCCACCAGUAGUUAUUAGGUUGUUUUUGCAAGAUUUGUGUUGUAGGACCAGGCCCCAGCUCCUGCCACAGCCGUUUCUGUAGCUCCUCCUCACCUUCUGGGGGCACCGAGACACACACCUGCAGGCUCAUUGCAUUUCAAGACCCUUGUAAGGACAGGGCUGUUUCCUGCAGUGUUUAUCUUCACACCAUUUGACAACAACAGCCAGCUCAGCCUUCCGCUUUAAAUUUACCUUUUAAAAACUGCUGCGGCAGGGGACAAUUUUUUUUUCCUUUAACUGUGAAAAGUGAUGCGGUGUCACUGCAGUGAGGGGCACAGGGGGUUGCCAGCUCUUCGACACGAAGCAAGCAAGAGCCAGGCAAUGGCUGAGAGAUGCUUGGGAAGGCAGAAGCCAGCAGCGCUGCAGUGACCACGAGGAGAAUGGACUCUGAGUACAAGAGAGGCACUGGGAAAGCUGGGAACCUCACCCGUCCCACGUGGUGGAGGGCUGCACCUGCUGAGCUUCUGCCCCUUCACAUUAUUCGCAACACCUACCACCACCGCUGCAGCCGCCUCCCUUUGAAAGAGCUUGUGUCAUGAUGGCCGUGUCGGGGAAAAAAACAAAACUAUCACUUCUGGGCAACAGAUUCUUUGUAUAAAAGCCAAUAUUAACGCAGUUCCAAACCAGCUGAAUGCACUGGGUUACUCUUAAAAGGUAAUGCAGGUAUUAUUCCAAAACGGUAGUAAAUCAAUAACAUAAUGUGUUUGUGAUGAAUUAAUAAAGCGAGCGUCGAAGA